UAAACAUAACGAAACAUAACCUAUCAAAAGUAUUAAAUGUGCUCCGUGCACGUGUUUUAUUGCUAUACUUCAUGAAACCGUUUUGUCGAAUAAUUUAUACAAUUUAGGACAAUUUUAAAAAAAUGACAGACUCCGCUAACAAAGACUCGAUAAUAAAAUUAAAUACGCAAUUGAAUAAGUCAGUGAUAUUGAUAGAGAAUGCCGAGGAUAUGCCAUCUUCAAAUCGCAAGCGUAAAUCUAUCACGAUAAAGACAGAAGAACAGCCGUCCAAAGUACGUAGCAGUCCUGUUAAAUCGCGCAAAAGCAUUCUGAAGAAAUCCAACAAAUCGCUUGACAAAAACGUGGCGAAUGAUGAGAUUGUGAAUACCUCAAACGACGCUAAUAGAUCUGAGGUGACAUUUAACGAAUUAUCAUUAUCUACCUCAGUUUUGUCCAGACCGCACACUCUUAAUGAAAUGGUUGAAAAGGAGGCAUUUAAUGAGGAAAAUGUAUCUUCCACAUUUAAUUUGGAGGAUGUAUCAGACAGUGAAGAAAUCUGGAUAAUGGACAUGCCUAGAUUAGUAGACCCGCAAGACCUUCAUGGUCAGACUAUAGUUUUCGAAGACAAGUCAAAGUUCAAAAUUAAAGACAAACGAUAUUGUAUAGUCGCUCAUAACACAAAUCACAAUGUCACGUGUGUUCUUAAUUCUAAGAAGGAUGCCCCACAGUAUAAAACUGUAAAUAUCAAGCCAGCUGGUUUCUUGGCAAUGAGAAGAAAAUUGUCUGAAGCGCCGGAAGUAAAGCCGAUAUCUACCAAGAGCUCUGCCGUACAGUUCCCUGAUAAUUUAAGAACAAGGCAUCCACUGUUUGGCGUUAUUCACAAACAUGAAAGGAGCUCAAAAAAACUCAGACGUAACUCAGUCAAAACAAGCUAGAAAUUAUAAAUAU